AUGAGUUCCUAUAAGCAUUUAAGUGGAAGUGAAAAAAGAAAACGAAAAGCAGAUCGAGAUAAAGUUGCAGAACAAAUGAAAGGAUCGUUAAACAAAUUUUUAAUUGUGGAGGACGAAAAAUCACAACAAUCAUCAUCAUUUUUACAAAUUUUACCUGCUCAAACUCCAGAAGCAUCACACGAAUGUGAAUCUAUUCAGCAGAAAUAUCAGCGGGAAAAACUGAGUAAUUCCGAUUGUGAAGAUGAAGCAAAAGAAGAUAUAUAUAUUAAAUCAUCUGAAAGUAAUGAUGAAACUGAGAGUUUUGUAAACGACAUUGGUUUAUGGCCAGAAUACCUAACAGACGCCAUGCUAGAGUAUUAUGUCAAAUCCACCAAAAUCGAUAAAUGGAUCUCUAGAAUCAUCUUCCAUUCGAUGCAACGAAGGGUCAAAACAAUUCACAAGAAAAUUAACUAUUGCUUCUUUCUUCAGAACAAUUAA